GUGUGAGGCUGACGCAGCAGAAACAAGAUGGCCGACAUCCCCUCAGUCAGACCCAGAGAUACAGAAAGCCGCAGUGUCGAGCAGAAUCAGACGUUGCUCUGUGUUCAGAUGACGACUGGGUCUCUAAAUGCCCGUCUAGCUGCAGACUGCAGGGUUUGAUCUCACAGAUGGAGAGUGAUGUGGAGAGAAAACUGUGGAAGGUUUGCAAGACAACAAAGUUGAUCGAGGAUGCAGCUGAGACGUCCAUGACGGCGAUGACUCAGAUCUACAACUCAAACCGCAGAGUUAUAGUCAACAGAUACAUGUCAGAGCUGAAGUUUGUGGAAGGCGCAAAGGAAUUGUCUCAGACUCUGAGGUCUCUACGGAAACGCUCGACCAGUUUGUCACACCAACUCAAAGAGCUGCGUGUCAACGUCCAGAAUCAGAUUGAGGACUUGUAUCAAACAGAGGUGGACAUUGAUAUGAAGCUCCGAGCCUGUCAAGGGUCGUGUCGGUCAGUGCUACCGUUCACUGUCGAUCAUCCCACUUAUCAGACACUUCAAGCUGACAUGGACCAGAUAAACAAGGCUGUGACACCUGCUGGGGACAUCGCACACAUCUUGAUGCAAACUGUUGAUGUGAGCCCAGCCCCGUCUGCAGAAUAUAAGAGCAUUCCAGCGGUCCAGAGAGAACUGCUGACCCAGUUUGAGGACAUUGGGCAGAAUGAGUUCGUUCUGGAGGAGCUGCUAGACCCCGUAGACGUGGAGGUUCCUAAAUUUUAAGAUUUUUGAAAAGGUGUUUCUCCUUCAAAAGAGACCAUUCAAAAUACUGCUGCUCAUUAUUUUCAUGUUUUGUUUACCAGGGAUGUGGUCACAGUUUCAUAUUAUGUCAUCUCAACACUUUUAUUUAUUAGAAAAAUGUUGUAAUGGAUUGUCAUUGCUGUGCUGGUUCCGUUGAUAAAAGAUUUAACUGUGAAUCAGUCAGACCAAGAUAAA